CAACCGUACUUCUUCUCCCGCCGUUCAGAGUGAAAUUCGCCGCAUUGCUGUGAACCAAGAGCCUAAGUAAUAAAAUCAAAUUCUGUUGGAUAUCAAGGGGGUGGGGACGGACGGACAGACAGACAGACAGACAGACAGACAGAAGGACAUCCGAACAGAGUGACAGAACCGCGAGCGGGAGGGGGGGACGUAUCAGUUAUACAAGAUGAGCUCCUUCAGCAGUCGUGCGCUCAUGCUCCUCUCCUCAGUGUCCGGUGCCUGUGGGCUGCUCCUGGUUGGGAUUGCCGUCUCCACGGAUUACUGGCUGCUCAUGGAGGAGGGAAUCAUCCUGCAGCAGAACCAGACCACUGAGAUUAAGAUGGCGCUCCAUGCUGGGCUCUGGAGAGUCUGCUUUGUAGCGGGUGCUGAGAAGGGCCGCUGUGUGGCAUCGGAAUAUUUCUCUGAACAAGAGGUUGAAAUCACUACAGAGAACACAGCUAAUAUACUGAAGAUGGUCCGCACAGCCACUCCGUUCCCAAUGAUCAGUCUCUUGUUUGUCUUCACUGCCUUCGUGAUCAGCAACAUCGGGCACAUCCGCCCCCAGCGAACCAUCCUGGCCUUCGUCUCAGGAAUCUUCUUCAUACUCUCAGGCCUCUCUCUGGUAGUUGGUCUGGUUCUCUAUAUCUCCAGUAUCAAUGAUGAAGUGAUGAACCGCCCCAGUCAGCCGGAGCAGUUCUUUCACUAUCGCUACGGCUGGUCCUUCGCCUUCGCGGCCUCGUCCUUCAUGCUGAAAGAGGGGGCGGGGGUGAUGUCAGUGUACCUCUUCAUGAAGCGCUAUGCAGAGGAGGAGAUGUACAGACCCCACCCCGCUCUGUACCGGCCGCGCCUGUCCGAGUGCAGCGAUUACUCGGGUCAGUUCCUUCACCCCGAGGCGUGGCAGCGUGGCCGGAGCGCCUCGGACCUGUCGAGCGAUGUCUCCAUCCAGCUGAACCAGGCCCAGCCACCGGCACCCCCCUCCACCCUCCCCCAACCCCCCAAAUACCACCCUCACAUCCGCAUGAGCGCCUCGCCCUGCUAGGCUUCCCGCCUGAAACGCGCGCUGGCUUCCUGUGUUGUUUGGAACUCCAGAAACGCAUGAGUGAUUUGGAAACGCUAAACCCACUUGAUUAUAACAAACUCGUCUUUCUCAGUGUCUUCGAUGUAAAUUUAGUAGCAUCUCAAUGAAGGCAUUGCGAAAGACUUCUAGUCAUUUGCCAUUGAAUUCAUUAUGUUUCUUUCAGUGUUUCUAAACUCAGCACUAUCGAGUGUUCAAUAGUUCUCUUAAUAUUUCCUCUGCUGCGAUUCAGACAAGACAGGAUACAGGUAGAGCCGUGCGUUCCUGCUGUACAACACGCAUUACUGAACACUGUAAACUAGACUUCAAACUAUAGAAUAACAACACAGCCCAUCCCAUUUUCAAUAGUGUCUUGAAAUAAUAUUAUUGACCCAUCUCACGAUGCUAAACAGCACACUGAAGACUGAAGAUUAUUAAAAACGAUGCAGAGGAUUCGACACACGCGGGGAGAAGGAGUGCUGUGCUAGAGAAGGAGAAGCAACUUCCAGAGAAUUUUUCAAUUCUGGCCAAAUUCUCAUCUUAUUGAUUUUAUGGGGUUAGCAUACCAAUAAAAAUCAAACACCUUUAAAAUAAUGUUUUCCAUCUAGAGAAGCGUGAAUUCUACAAAAGUAAUAUAUAAUAGGUAUGAUUUGCUGGGAUUAUUUUGUUCAAAGUUUUUUUAGAAAAACGUUAGUGAAUAUUGUGACAAUUUAAUAGACUUGUUUUUUAUUAUCACUACAUGCAGUUACACUGUACUUAUAUUUACCAAAUACAAGGCCUGGUCACUUUAUAGGUCCCUGCUAUCGUGUCACCGUUUGAUCUGGACGGGGCCUCGACUCCACAAGGUGUUGGAAGGGGUCUCUGUUGAUCCGCUCCCUCAUUAAUACUGAGCGCAGAGAGGCAGGCAGGGGGUCGUGAUGACGAGUCCUUCAGACGGUCGGGUCAGAUCAGUGCGGUGGCUGUGGAAGAUACCCGAAGUCUCUCUGUCACGCUCCUCAAACCGUUAAUCCCGGCACGGCGGACAGGGGCGUUAUCGUCUUGAAAGUUGGGGUUCGGCGUUGUUGGGGGUCUGCAGCGAUGCUUAGUGUUCGUUCAGCCCAGCAGAAUAAUUGAGGGAGCCGGGGUACAGCAGAAGAACAUGAACCACACCAGGCAGACAGGCAGGCAGAGAGGCAGACAGGCAGGCAGAGAGGCAGACAGGCAGGCAGACAGGCAGACAGGCAGAGA